AAAGUUUAUUUAGGGGCCGCCGGGUCUUCUAUAUAGUUUUGUGUGUUCUUUUCUUUCUGAUGUCUUUCUCUUCCUUCUUCUUCUCGCCAGAUAUUCUGAACGUGCUUCCAUUCAGACUCUCUUCUUUUUUCUUAAAAGGGGCUAACUAAAUGGAUUCUUACAAUAUUCCUGACACCUCUGAUGGGAUUAUUUCUGAGAUUGAGAAGCUCAAGGCUCAGAAAGAAGCACUUGAGGAUCGCAUACGUUUUCUUCAGGCCCGACUGGAUGAGACUGGUCCCAACUCUGUCAAAAGGGAUGCUUUUGUUGUUAAUGGUUCGUGUUGCCCUUCGUUUUCUCUGGGCAAUGCUAGUACUGAUAAUGGUUUGACUCCAGAAAUGAUUUACAGAUACAGUCGCCACCUAUUGCUUCCUAAUUUCGGAGUGGAAGGACAAUCAAAACUCUCCAAGUCAUCAAUUUUGGUGGUUGGAGCUGGGGGUUUGGGAUCACCUGUAGCACUGUAUCUUGCUGCUUGUGGUGCUGGAUGCAUUGGCAUUGUUGACAGUGACAUUGUUGAAAUCAAUAAUUUGCAUCGUCAGAUAAUCCACAAGGAAGAAUUUGUUGGCCAGGCAAAAGUAAAGUCAGCUGCUGAUGCAUGUUGUUCGAUAAACUCACUUGUUAAGUUGGUGGAACACAAUGAAGCUUUGUCCCCAACAAAUGCCUUGGAGAUUGUGCGCAAAUAUGACAUAGUGGUUGAUGCAACUGACAAUCUUCCAAGUCGCUACAUGAUUAGUGACUGUUGUGUUUUAUUGGACAAGCCACUUGUGUCUGGCGCAGCCCUUGGGUUAGAAGGACAGCUAACGGUGUACCAUCAUAAUGGAGGACCUUGUUAUCGGUGCCUUUUUCCAACACCUCCACCUACAGCUGCUUGCCAAAGAUGUUCUGAUAGUGGUGUUCUUGGGGUAGUUCCGGGCGUGAUUGGUUGCCUUCAAGCACUUGAAGCUAUAAAGAUUGCUAGUGCUAUUGGGGAACCUCUAGCUGAGAGGAUGCUUAUUUUUGAUGCAUUGUCUUCUCGAAUUCGGACAGUGAAGAUCAGAGGAAAAUCAGCACAAUGUAUUGCUUGUGGAGAAAAUGCUAGGUUUACGAAAGAAACUUUUCAGUGCUUUGAUUAUGAGGAAUUCACCCAAUCUCCAAUGUCUGACAAGGCUCGCCCGAAGCUCAGCCUAAUUCCCGAGAGCGCACGGAUUAGCAGUCAUGACUACAAAGAAAUCCUCGACAAGGGACAGCCACACAUACUGAUUGAUGUGCGCCCCGCCCACCACUUCAAAAUCACAGCGCUUCCCAACUCUAUGAACAUCCCGCUCUCCAUACUCGAGAAUAAACUACCAAUGAUCGAUUCAGCUCUAAAAGAAGUAGAACUGGCCUCAAACGAGCCUGCAUGCUUAUAUGUAGUAUGCCGAAGAGGGAAUGACUCUCAGCGGGCUGUCCAGUUCCUCGCAGACAAUGGGUUUUCUUCGGCCAAAGAUAUUAUCGGUGGAUUAGAAUCUUGGGCAAACAAUGUUGAUCCCAAAUUCCCAGCUUACUAGACUCCAAGCUUUGUGUUCUUGUUUGAUUAUUGUAUCACUAGUUUAAAUAUGUUUCAUAUGUGUUUCAAUCCUCUUCUAUAACUUUAUUAUCAUCCCUGCAGGUUGGUAAUAACUUUUGUAAACUAUGGAUAAAAGGUAGUCUUUGUUUUUAUCUACUCUAAUUAUAACAAAUCUUUAUUUC